GUCACAUUAAUAGGCGCGGCCAUGUUGGUCUGUAGUGAAUAAAAAUCAUUUCAAAUUAUUGCUUUUACGAAACUAAAAUUGACACAAUAUGCCCAAAUGCGACCUCAAAACGAGAUACAUCCCCGCGACUUUCGCCUGGACUUUACUAUUGGGCACAACGUCCCUGUUUUUUUAUUUUCCUUGCCAAUACUAUCUGCACAAGCACCCAUGGGUACCAGCAUAUCAAGGUGUCAUAACAUUUUUUGUUUUGGCCAAUUUUACACUGGCCACUUUCAUGGACCCGGGGGUGAUACCAAAAGCCCCACCUGACGAAGACCGCGAGGAUGACUUCCGUGCGCCGCUGUAUCGCAGCGUGGAGAUAAAUGGUAUAACGGUUCGGAUGAAGUGGUGCGUCACCUGCAAGUUUUACCGACCGCCGCGCUGCUCGCACUGUUCUGUCUGCAAUCAUUGUAUAGAGACAUUCGACCACCACUGCCCGUGGGUGAACAACUGUAUAGGUCGGCGGAACUACAGAUUCUUCUUUUUCUUUCUUAUUUCACUCUCCAUACACAUGCUGAGCAUUUUUGGCCUCAGCCUGUACUACAUCAUGAACCACAACAAAACGCUCACACUGGUUGAGCCCAUUGUGUCAAUGGUAAUAAUGGGUAUAAUAGCCCUUUUAGCGAUCCCGAUAUUUGGUUUAACGGGUUUUCAUAUGGUGCUAGUGUCGAGGGGAAGGACGACCAACGAACAGGUGACGGGCAAGUUUACGGGCGGAUACAAUCCUUUCUCAAAGGGAUGUUGGUCCAAUUGUUGUUAUACGCAGUUUGGACCGCAGUAUCCUAGCCUAGUCCGGCCAUCAAAGUACAUGUACAAGAGCAGUAAGAAACGACGCGAAAUGACCGCGAUGAACGCGGGCAUAGCGACGAUAGCGUCGGGCGCGCAGGUAAAGACGUAUACGGCGGACAACGGGGCCGCGCAUCGCCCGCUCGGCGCGCACGCGCACUACAAUAAGCUGUCCCCUGGGCGCGACGAGCACGAAGGUGAGAUGGAGGGGCCCGGGGCCUCGCAAUCGGCGGAUUGCGAGCCGACGCCCCCGCCCCUGCAGCGACGGGGCUCCUCGGCCAACUUGUUCCCGGAGCCCCACCAUCAUUUACCACCGCGGCCACACCACUAUCCGCGGUUGAGUCCGCUCUCUAGGAAUACUAGUCACGGUGGUACAACCACAUCAGGUUACCGUGUGGUGAUGGAGCCCCUCCGCUACGACCAGGGCUCCAAUGGAGGGGCCAGGCCCUCCCCUACAAUGCAGCAGAGGAUCAAAGCUCUCGGCGUGCCCACGCCUUUAGCGCUCAGUAGUCCUGUGCGCAGGUCCAACCCGGGCACGCCCACGCAGCCGCGCCGGCCUGACUUCAUCGGGGUGCGGGGCUCGCCGCAGCGGAGGUUCCUCUCCGAGGGCGAGCUGCUGCGUGACGCGGAGGACAUCCGCGAGCUGGCCGCUUCCCCGCAGCGCGGGGGCUACACGUGGGCAGAUCGCGCCCCACCGCACGCCCCGCACCCUUCGCACCCCUCGCACCCCACCCUCCCGCACCCCGCGCCCUCGCCCCUGGCCCGCCGCCGCGCGCCUCACUCGGCGGUGCCGCGCCCUACGCGCCCCCUCUCCUUCGUCCGGGCCCUCGAGGUGCAGGAGCAGCUCGAACGCACGCAGCAGCCCGAGCCCCCCGAUCGCGCCUCGGUCUACGACUGCAACUACGAGAUCUCCGUCUGAAACCUUCGCGUAGGACAGUGUUACCCCAAAGACAGCGCACAAUGGAUGCGAUCAUGCCAUAUGCCGGGCGAUGUGUGUGAUUUAUUUGUACAUAGCGUUGUGACUCCGACAUAAUAUUAGUAUAGAUUGUGUAUUUAUUUAUUCUAAAUUUUUGACUUUGUAUCGGUGACGCUACGAUUGCGAAUAAAGUUUGCGAAUAACCCACAGAAACCUGGUGAUAGUGUUCGAAAAACUUCUAUUGUAUCGAUAAAUAGACAGCAACCAAACGAUAGUGGAUUGAUAAAAUAUGAGUAACGUUAUUUAUAAAAAUCGGUACGAUUCGAGAACAUUGCGAACAAUGCGUUCGCCAAACAGCUAUUAUGAGAAAUGUGCCAAAUAUUAAGUAGAUGGAUUGUUGGGCCUCGAUAUUUCUUCAAUCAUUUGAGCGUGUUAAUUCAAAUUUUCCUUGCAUCUGAUACGAUUUUUCAGAUCUCGUUCCGAGUUAUUACGGCCCACACAGAGUACUUAGAUGUUUUGUGAAUGGACGCAUGUUUAUUUGACGUAUCUUAUAAGAUGAAAGUUAAAUAAAAUAAGAAUAUUGUUUGCUUUAGUGGUAGAUAGAUGAGAUUAUAUAUUGUAAAUAAUAUAUUUAUGACGACAGUACCAUACGAUUUGUUCAAUGUAUAUAAUACGUAAUAAAUGGCGAAAUUUAAAUCGAAAGUAUUACAUAUAUAUUUAUAUACCUUGAUAAUGUACAGUCACCGAUUUAUUUAAGAUUGUAAAUAUAUUUAAGGAUGUAAAUGAUUUUUCGUUGAUUGCUAUGUAAAAAUUUGUUUAUGGUGCCAGUAUCGAUUUUCCUAUUUGACAUAUCAGUAGCGCCUUUUCAACAACUGACAUGUGUCAACUUUACUUGUGUGACACAUGACAGUACCUAUUUGAAUGCCCAUUUGUUUAUGUUCUGUAAUACAUUGCACUAUUUAUUAAUAUUACGAAGAGUUAAAUAAUACUGUGGUG